CCCUUACGUAGAAGCAGAACUACCCUGACACGUAGCUACCAAGUUGUUGGGAACCUGAGGAGAUUUGUCAAACGAUACAGAGGGAGACAUGGCAGGGUUUGACAAUUUAAACGCAGACUUCUACCAGUCCAGCUACAGUGUGGACGACCAGAACCAGGGCUCCUAUGCUUACAACGAAGGCGAGGGCCAGGCCAAAACUCCAUAUGUCCAGUACGACUACUCCCAGAACAUGGGCUACACUGCCCCAGGGAUGAUGCAGCCCCAGCAGCCGUACUCUGGGCAGAUCUUCCAGCCCACACCGGCCUUCACGCCCACGGCAGCACAGUCCAUGUACGGCAGCAGCUUUGAUGACGAACCGCCCCUACUGGAAGAGUUGGGGAUCAACUUCGACCACAUCUGGCAGAAGACCCUGACGGUUCUCCACCCCAUGAAGGUGGCGGACGGCAGCAUCAUGAACGAGACCGACCUGGCGGGCCCCAUGGUGUUUUGCUUGGCCUUCGGCGCCACCCUCCUCCUGACGGGUAAGAUCCAGUUUGGCUACGUGUACGGCAUCAGCGCCAUCGGCUGCAUGGCAAUGUACUGCCUCCUCAACCUCAUGAGCAUGACCGGCGUGUCGUUCGGCUGCGUGGCCAGCGUCCUCGGCUACUGCCUCCUUCCCAUGAUCCUCCUCUCCAGCUUUGGCGUCCUGUUCUCUCUACAGGGCCUGAUGGGGAUUAUAAUAUCGGCCGCCAUCAUCGGCUGGUGCUCCCAGUCCGCCUCCAAGAUCUUCAUCUCGGCGCUGGCCAUGGACGGGCAACAGCUGCUGGUGGCCUACCCCUGUGCUCUGCUCUACGGCGUGUUCGCCCUCAUCUCCGUCUUUUAAGAAUAUGCCCCGGAACUACCGCUGUCCGUUGUCCAUUCACAGCCCCCGUCUCGUCGCACUGGAAAAAAAAAAGCAUUCCAGGGAUGUUGGCUACAAGGGGGAGGAGCUAGCUUUUUUUAAUGUAUAUGUCUGUAUACAUAGAUCUCUCUCUCCCUCUCUAUCCCCUGACGUGCAGGCACAGCAUUCCAGUGCACUCAUAGACUGGUGCAAGCGCGCACACACACACACGCACACGCACUAUUACCCCGCCCCCCAUCUGCUGACCUAAUCAGGGAGCCCAAAGAAGAGGACAGUGGGAUUUGAAUGGAGAGCAAGGUGUCCACGUGUCUCCCCUGACCAGCCUACUGCCCUGUGGAGUGGAUAUACGUGAGGGUGUGUGUAUGCGGUUUACGGAACAGACGAACUCUAGGUUACAGAGGAGUACCUGCCUCCAUACUCCCAAGCCAAGAAGAGACCAUCACCUCUAGGGGACAUAACCCACAACCCAGCCUCCCUGUCUAUCCUCACACACACAUGCACACACACCCCUACCCACGGGCGCAGAUGGGACAUUGCCCUGCCACCAACCCCGCCCUGACUGAAGAGAGAUUCUAUUUCCAUUUUAUUUUCCUAAGAUUUGCUUGAAGUAGAAGGUGACAACAAAAGGCAUCUAUAUGAUUUAUGAACAAAAUAUACACUAGGUUGUUUUGUACGGUUGGAAGAGGCAAUGGUGUUAUACAACUCGGGUCACUGAUGUUCAGUUUACACAGUUCUCCUUUUAAGGAAGUGUAUUGAGAACUUGCGUGACGUCGCCUGCCUACUGUUAUAAACGCUAGAUGCAGACCGUGCUUCAUGAUAGCUCAAAGUUGUAGUGUUAUAAACAAGGCGUCAGACAUGAUUCGUUUUUUGGCCUAUUUCUUUCACUGGGAGAUAGUUUUGACAUUUUAGUCAGUGGGAAAGAGAAAAACUGCCAUGUUGGGAUCACAUAAUAUCAAAAACCAUGGACUUAAUCAACACAUUGCUUUCAUUCAUUUCAUUUUGUGGUUCGGCUGACCCAUUUAAGAUCAUUAAACUUUGUAUGAAAAUGUACUGUAAACUAUGUUCCCAGGAGUUUACUUUCUUUCUUUAAAGAUCUACACUUUAAGUGAAUAUGUCAAGUGUGGAUCUAGCAUUGCUAGGUUUAAAAUACCUCCUUGUGGUUUGAGGGCACCAUGGGUACAGGAAAUGCUAAUCUGUACUUUUAAAUUACACUUUCUCCAUCACUCCAGGUUAAGACCUUAGCCAAGCCUGGCUACAACUUUUUUUAUUGGCUCCAUCGCUAAACAAGGCCUCCCGACGACUCACUAAUUGGUUGGCCCAGAGCCUGCAUGAUUGUGAACUUCUAGAGUGCCUGCCAAAAAUGACUACAAUCUUUACAUAUGCACUCAUAAAUCGAAUCAUACAUUUUGUCAGAAAGGUGCAGGAGCAACUCUUUUAUAUUUACUCCUGCAGCUGUUUUACAGGUUUCUGUAUGUACCUUCGUCAUGGUACAUAUUAUGGUGUGACUGUCAUAAACAAACAUUUUUUCAGAGGAAAUACCCGCGAAACCCGGUCCUUGUUUCAAGUAGCAGGAUAGUAUUUAGGUUUGAACCAGAACUCUAAAUCAAGGGAGUGUUUCCCUGGACUGUCAGGAUAUUCGGUUUCAGUAUAGAUGAUUUCUAUCACGAGGAACAAUCUUGGAUAGGUUGAAAUGGAAAUAUGUGCGUUUGUCAGGCCUCAAAGCCAUUAUUUUUGGCACCCGUCAUGGCUA